AGAGGUUUGCUGCAAUCCGAACUUGAGGAGGGGGUGGAGUCUGCUCAGUUCUGUUGCUCCCUGUUGAAGCGUGGUCUUUGGAGCUAAGCAAAGAAUGACUUCUGUGGGGUUUUCUUCUGCUGGCCUUCCUUGCAGCCUCGAAAACCUCAUCAGAGUCGCCUCUGCUGGUUUCUUGCUGUGCUGCGCUGUCAGAGAUGGGCAAGCAAGAAGCGAAACCCUGGCCUUAAAAUUCCGAAAGAAGCAUUUGAACAACCUCAGACCAGUUCCACGCCACCUCGAGAUUUGGACUCUAAGGCUUGCAUUUCAAUUGGAAAUCAGAACUUUGAGGUGAAGGCAGAUGACCUGGAGCCCAUAAUGGAACUGGGACGAGGUGCGUACGGGGUGGUGGAGAAGAUGCGGCACGUACCCAGCGGGCAGAUCAUGGCAGUGAAGCGGAUUCGGGCCACAGUAAAUAGCCAGGAGCAGAAACGGCUACUGAUGGAUUUGGAUAUUUCCAUGAGGACAGUGGAUUGUCCAUUUACCGUCACCUUUUAUGGCGCACUCUUCCGGGAGGGUGAUGUGUGGAUCUGCAUGGAGCUCAUGGAUACAUCACUAGACAAAUUCUACAAACAAGUUAUUGAUAAAGGCCAAACGAUUCCAGAGGACAUCUUAGGGAAAAUAGCAGUUUCUAUUGUAAAAGCAUUAGAACAUUUACACAGUAAGCUCUCUGUCAUUCAUCGAGACGUGAAGCCUUCCAAUGUGCUCAUUAAUGCUCUGGGCCAAGUGAAGAUGUGCGAUUUUGGAAUCAGUGGCUACCUGGUGGACUCUGUUGCUAAAACAAUUGAUGCAGGUUGCAAACCAUACAUGGCCCCGGAAAGAAUAAACCCAGAGCUCAACCAGAAGGGAUACAGUGUGAAGUCUGACAUUUGGAGUCUGGGCAUCACAAUGAUUGAGUUGGCCAUCCUUCGGUUUCCCUAUGAUUCGUGGGGAACUCCAUUUCAGCAGCUCAAACAGGUGGUAGAGGAGCCAUCGCCACAACUCCCGGCAGACAAGUUCUCUGCAGAGUUUGUUGACUUUACCUCACAGUGCUUGAAGAAGAAUUCCAAAGAACGGCCUACGUAUCCAGAGCUUAUGCAACAUCCGUUUUUCACCCUACAUGAAUCCAAAGCAACAGACGUGGCAUCUUUUGUAAAACUGAUUCUUGGAGACUAAAAACCAAUGGACUUAAUCGGUUGACCCUACUGUGGAUUGCGUGCUGCUAGCUUUCCUGGUUGGAAUGAUCUCCUCUUUGUGGAUUGCCAGGUAUUUUCUUUGUGAAUCAGGUAAGCUGAACUUAGAAGUUGAUAAAGUAAGGACUGCUAAAGCAUGUGGAUGAAUGUUUCCAUGCCUUUCAGGUGAAUGUUAAUUUUAAAUUCUGGCCCUGGGAACUCUUUGCUUAUGAGCUGCAGAAGAAAAGAAGGAGUUAGGGGUACAUGACUUAACUUUGUGUUUUUCUAUAUGGAAAUACAUGAGUAUUAAGUGAUAACUUCAAUAAAGCCCUAGGAUUAUAUUUUAAAAUACCUAUUUUGUGGGACAGCACGCCUUUGUUAUGUCUGCCUAUUGGCUUUGGUGGCCCCAAACAUUUUCAUUUUAGUCUAGCUUUUCUGUUAUCCAGGUUAUGUGUACUAUGUUUUUUCUUUUGAACUAUUGCUUAUCAUAAUUGGUGAUGUUAUCUCAAAAUCCUGAAACCAAGGGGAUAGCCAAUAUGCAGGAAUUGGCGGGUAGAUGCAAGCAUUGGUGUUGAUGUAGGUUGAGUUUUAAUGGAGUCCCCAGAGUUAUACUGAAUCAAGGGAUAAUGUGGCUUUAAAGAAGUCGUGUUUGUUUUUAACAUUUGGAGAAGCCAAUUGUCCUGGGUCCCUAUUCUUGAGAAAUUCAUCUUUUCAAGCAGAUACCAUUGUGGGGCAUACUUAAUAGACUGGAUGAUUGGCUUCUAUCAGUCAUUAAAGGAGAAAUUAUAAUAAUUGCCAAAGGUGAGGGUAAUUUUGCUUUAUAAGUGUAUAGGUCAUUCUACAGUAAAAUUUUCUAUCAAGCAGCUCGUAAAAAAACAUACCUUUAUCAUUUCCCUUCUCUUUUCUGAUCCAAGAGCAUAUUAAGGGAAGAGUGGUUUUCUGAUGUGUUAUGAAAUAUUUCUUCGAAUUUGUGUUUUUGACCAAGGAAAUGGCUGAGAUGUUAAACCAAGUGGUUGUUACAUGGUUCAUAUGGCUACCACCUGGGCUCCCCUCUCACCGUGUCAAAAAGAAAAUGACGUUGGGAGAUUAAAUUAAACUUGAACUCCUCUGUUGAUGAGGAGCUCUCACGUUGAUUUCCUAUCUCAGGAUAUUCUUUGGUUUCAUACUGCUGCUGAGGAGAAACGAACAAGCUGCAGACACUGUAACUGGUCUCCAGAUGUUUGUGCGUGUGUAUGUAGAACUUCACACUGUGCGUAUUGUGUUCAAUGUUGUGUCAAUCUAUGAAUGGACUCAAACAACAAUUUGAAGAGAGAGAAGACAGCGAUGAUGGCAAAAAAAAAAAAAAAAAAGCCCAACCACCUCUUUCUGUCAAAGUGCUUGCUAUGACUUUCAUAGCUAGGACAAAUAACAAGUAUUCAGGAGCAAGUUGCUCUUGAAAGAAAUGGUGUGUCGAUCUCAUACGAAAAUGUACAACCAAUAAAAGACAUUUUAAACAGUGCCACGAGUGUAUGCAUUAAUUG